CAGACAGCGCAAGGAACCACACCACAGCCACUCUUUUCUUCUCGGCGGAGGCGGAGGCGAACGAGGAACCCUAGAUCCGCAAGGCCGGCGACGAUGGCGGCGCUUCGGUAUUCGGCGAGGAGGCUGGGUGGCUCCCUGCUCCAUCGAACGCAGGCCGCGGUCGAGGAGGAGGGACGCCGGCUCAUGCGCCCCCGCCAGAUCUCAACCGAGUUCUUCGGCGAGCAUGCUCGUGCACCCUCUGCACGCCAGGUACAGCAGAAGAAGGAGGAGCUGUAUGAGGCGGUGUCUAAGGCGGAACAGAAGAAGCAGGAGCUGCUCAAUUUGAUGGCUAAUGAGCAGCAUUUUUCUGCACAAUCCACUCAAGGACAAGCUGCCCCUCUGCCCUGGAAGGUGUACUCGAAAAGGGCUCGGGGUGUGCUAGAUGUAGCUUGCAAGGCGACAUUUUUCGUCUAUGCUGGUGCUUUUCUGCUCGGUAUCACUGGCACCGGCAGGAUGCUGGGGCUAACAAGCCAAGUCGCCAGUCAAGACGAGAUCGACGAUUGAGAACCAAUCAAGGACAGGCCCAGUUCAAUUCUGACCCCUGCAGUUUGGUUAGCUAGCACCACCAUGCUAUGGUUGUGAUAUUUGUCUGACAUGGUGUCAUGUUGUUUUAUCUUUUAUAUCUGUUGGAGUGAAACCGUAAAGACUUGGUGUGGACAUGCAUUACAUAGCGCUUGUUGUAUGUUACCGCAGGGGUACGUCACUGGCAAUCGUUGUUGGUGUUAGAAUUGCUAGAUUAUAACUGCCUUAAGCAGUUAUUUAGUGCCCAAAGUGUUGUGCAGACGCACGCCUUCUCUGUGUAAGGUCGCCUGUUCCCUACGAAGAGGCACCUAUUCGUUCAAGAGGCGCCUCCUCUUGUAAAACAGACGGGAAUCCUUGUGUAAAUACCUCGGAGUCAGUGAUCAAUGAAUCACAAGUCCUUUCCAGUCA